AUGGCGGGCAUGGAAAAGUUUUCCUCCGCCUCUCUAUCCCACAGUGAGUUCCAAACGAGAGCUGGAAGAUCCCGGCUAGGGAAAAGGCAGGACUAUGGAACUGCCUGCCACUAGAUGUAGCCAUGGUCACCGACUUCAAGAGUGGAGGUUUUAGUCAUCAGAGUUACUAGCCACUAUGGCUAGUUUCCACCUUUGCUGUUGGAGAGCCAAUGAGUGUGAGCUUCUGAAGGAUAGUCACUGGGAGCCACAGGUGGGGAGCAUGGUGUGGGGGCUUCUGCUGCACUCCAGACAUCCUUUGGGGCUUCCCAUGGAAGCAUUUACAGGGCCAAUGUGGGAACCUGGAUGCUGGUGCAGAUGAGCCCCUUUAGCCUGACCCAGCAGCUGGGCUCUUCUUGGAGAAUGAGAAGUGCUGGGUCAAUGAGUUCUUCAUCCUUGCACGCCGCAGUUGAGGCUGUGUCAAGACUGACCUUCGGCCUCUUGGGGAGCAGUCAUGGCUGGCAGGUGGCAUCAGCACCAGUCACUUUCCCAGCAAGUGCCAAUGCAGUUCAAAGUGCGUUUUCUCAGAAGCAAGUUCCAGCCAGCAUCUUUUCCUUGGACCUCUGCUUCUCAUGCCCAGCACUGACCCACUCUGCUCUCAAGGAUCUGUGCCCUUGCAAAGAGGAUAUUUUAAGUUAAAGGUGGGGCUCCUUUAGCUCAAGAUGGCCUUUUCCUUAUUAAAAAUUUUCUGAAGUCUGCGAGAAAAGGGGCAGUCCAUUGUUAGGAAUUAUUAGGGAAGCCAGCAAAGCUGUGAUGGUCCCAAGACCCAUUUUCUUGUUCUGUGGGAGUGGUGAGGGCUGUUCUGCUUUCCACCCUGCUGUGGCUGCCAGCUUUGCAAGUUGGCAUGCCCAUGCCUCCCUCUCUGGCCCUGGCAUCCAUCAGCCUCCUUGGCAGGAUGGACAGGGCUGGCGUCCUUGUCCAGCCACGUGCCUCUUUUGCGACGCUUCGUGGCUGCCAUCCUCAGCACUUCCUUCUUUCCUUAGGCUGCCCAGAUUGGCGAAGAGCUGGCGGCGUUUGAGGAAGCUGCCUGUGCCCUGCGAGGCUCCCUGGUGGAAGCAGCUGCCAGGCCAAGCGCCACCUCUGCCUCCUUGAUUUAGCCAGCAGCCUGAAACAUGCAGCAGUGUAAGACCACCUCGCUGCUUCCUGCAGUGCUGGAGGGUUGGGUGAUUAUCCCUCCCAGCUGGCUUCUGCUGCCACAGGGGAGACUCCUCUCCCUGUCCCCUUUUGAUUCUGGCUUGCUUGCAGAGCGGGAUGGUUGGCCACCCAGUCUGGAAUGUCGUCCUGGACGACCACCGUUGAGGGCGACGGCACGACUCCCAAGUUCUUUGUGGGCUCCCGAGAUGACGAGGUGGACCUCCCGGGAUCAGACAUGAAGAUGGAUGAGAUUGACUUCUUUGAGGAUGACGAGGAGGAGGAAGAAUCAGUAAGGAGCCUCCUUGUGUGGCAUAGGUGUCAAUAGGCUCCCUCAAUAUAUGGCUUAUGCCUGGGCCUCUGGGAUGUGUGUGUGGUGUACAGAUGGGAGUCUGUUGCUGUAAUCUGAGAGGGAGGACCUUUUGGCUUCCCCAACUAGGCCAAUUGCCCUCCUGCACCUGGGGAGGCUGCAGCUCUCUUGAACAGAUGCUGUUCGUUGCAAACAGGGGCACCUCUCUGCACUUGGGCAGACGCUCCCCUAUUUUGGGGCUUCUGGGGGAAGGAAGAGGUGCUUCUUCCACCUUGGUAGUAAUCUGCUCUCUUACUCCCAAGGAGUCCCAUUUAAGGCAGUGAAACAACUCGGUGCCUAUUGUGGAGAAGGCACAUAGGGGGCUGCUCAUGUGUCCUCUCCACUUAACUGCUUGUGGAUGGGACAUCUCCUUUAAGGCAGGUUCUCCCUUGGGCAACCAGCUGCCUCUUCCAUUGGGCAAAGGGGAACCAACCCCCCAGUCUCCCCUUGGAGCUGCUCUUGGACCAGGGUCUGGCGUUUGUGCGCCCCUUCUUGGCUUUGUUAUCCAGACUUGCUGAAGGUGCUCCUUGAUGAUGCAGCGGGUGGGCAGUUCCCUUCCGUGGCUCUGUGACAAUCUUCUGGCAUUCCCCUCAGCCUCCGGAGCGGCAGAUUGUGGUGGGCAUUUGUGCCAUGACCAAAAAGUCCAAGUCGAAGCCCAUGACACAGAUCUUGGAGCGGCUGUGCAAGUUUGAAUACAUCACGGUGGUGAUCAUGGGGGAGGACGUCAUUCUGAAUGAACCUGUAGAGAACUGGCCGCCCUGCGACUGCCUCAUCUCCUUCCACUCCAAAGGUAGGAUGCCUCCCAGGCUGCCACCCCAGCUCCUUCUCUGCCUGGUUCGUGUGCCCCCGACUGGCCAGCCUCCGCUGAGGACUGCUCCUUUUUCUCUCUUGCAGGCUUUCCGCUGGACAAGGCUGUUGCUUACGCCAAGCUCCGCAGCCCUUUUUUGAUCAAUGACCUCAAUAUGCAGUAUUACAUCCAGGACAGGUAGGAAUGCGGAGGUGCUAUGGAGGGAACAUUGGUGGCUUAGGAUAGGCUGCCUCCUAAGCCAAACUGUUGGAUUUAGAUGAGUAGGAGAGGUUAUUUAUAUUUUAUCUUACUUGCGUGAGAAUGCAGAUAUCUAUUUCAGCUUCAAAGGUCCAGGUCCAGCAUGCGUGCAGCCUAAGAUAGCCUAGCCUGAGGUCUGGGUAGUGUGUUUCCUGGGCUUCCCUUCUGCUCCACAGCAGCAGAGAGGGAGGCCUGUCGGGUCAUGUCACAGGGGAGAGAGGCUGGCUGGCUGGCUAAGCAGGAUGAUCUGUGAGAUGAUCUGCUAAGAAGCAGGGUCUGGCCCUGUAGCAUCCUUCAGGUGGUAGCCUUGCUCUCUGGUCCGUGUCCUCUGCAGGCGGGAGGUGUACCGGAUCUUGCAGCAGGAGGGAAUCGACCUGCCUCGCUAUGCAGUGCUCAACCGGGACCCUGACAAGCCGGACGGUGAGUGGCCUGUGAGCGGAGGGUGAAGGUGAGGAUGACGACUGCAGAGUCUGAGACAUGCAGGUGGCAAAGGCUCCCUUCUCUUUUCUGAGCAUGCAACCUCUGUCAGUGGAGCUGCUUCUGGAGCAGACAGGUGUGGUCUUGAGCCCCUUCAUGGUCCAAGCACCAGGGGGCUGUUCUGAGCAUCCUUCUCUGGCUGGAUGCUGCAAUAGAGGUUUGAUGGAUUGCUGCAUCCUCCUGCUGUUGGGGUUGUCCUCAGCUGCCACCAUCCUUGCUCAGGCUCCUCUGGAGAUAGUUUGGCUUGUGUCCCUGGAAGCAAGAGGGGUGAGCAGACGCCAAACAGCAGAGCCCUCUUCAGAAGGGCUGGGGAGCUUGCUGUGGCCCUCUGGACAUUGUUGUUGGCUGAGGUGCGUGAUGGGAAUUGGGGUCCAAAGAGACACCUGGAGGUCUGCCCAGGCUUCCCAUCCUUGCUCUUAAGGAUGAGCGUUCAUUAGACAGCCCUUGUCUCCUCCUUGCAGCCAGCCAGCCACCCUCCCUGUAGGGACUUCAUAUUUUUGUUUCAUUUCCCUUUUUCCUCUGAGGACCCCAAAGGAAUGUCCAUGCCCCCCCUGCCCCAUUCAGGCCGAGUGAAAGGAGGUCAGUCCAGGCCUUGUUCCACAGCCUAAGUGCUGCACCACCAUAUAUAAAAGCCUGAUGAUUUUGUAAUUUUGUGGUGCCUACAUGAUUUUAUUGCUGUGGUUUUUUAAAAUGAGCCGGUGAUUUACGAAUACUCCUAUAAAUAAAGCCUCAACUCCACCUACUUGCCUCCUUUGCAGGGCAGAGGCUGUCUUCACCAUCUGUAUCUCUGUAAGGGGGAAGCAGUGGGGCUGCCUGGCUCUGUGGGGAGGGGCAGGGGCUGGAGGGCUUGGGUAGCCUCUCCCACCCCCACCCCCACAAAAAAACGUGGCUGUGCUUUCGCUGCAGAGUGCAACCUCGUGGAGGGGGAGGACCACGUGGAGGUCAACGGGGCCAUUUUCCCCAAGCCCUUUGUGGAGAAGCCGGUCAGUGCUGAGGACCACAAUGUCUACAUCUACUAUCCCACCUCAGCUGGUGGGGGCAGCCAGCGCCUUUUCCGCAAGGUGAGCAGAGUGGGAGCCCAAAGCUGGGAGCCCAGCCAGAUUUGGCAUCUUGGUGCUGCAAGAGAGGAAGAGAGAGAGUUUGUCGGAUUGGCUGGUGGGAUUCUUGGAUGCUUACUGUGGUUCUAGGGUGAUAGAGGCCCCAGUGGGACUCUGUCCAGAGGUGAAAGGCCACAAGGCCUGCCCCCCACUCUGUUUUCUGGUGCUGCUUGGCCAGAAUGGGUUUGGAACAGGGGAGGGCACUUGUUCUGAAGGGCUGACAAUUGCCCCUUGACUGGGGAAGGGGAGUUCUGCAGCCCUGCCCCCCGCCAGCACCUCCACCCCAGACAUGCACCCCACUCCCACCAUUUGAAUUCCCCGCUUAUUUCAGAUUGGGAGCCGCAGCAGCGUCUACUCCCCUGAGAGCAACGUGCGGAAAACUGGCUCGUACAUUUACGAGGAGUUCAUGCCCACAGACGGCACAGAUGUCAAGGUAGGGCCUUGAGGGGAGAGGGGCAGAGACGCCACCUGAUCUCGGAGGCUGCCGGGGAGGGACAAGGGUGUAACUUCUCGACUUUGGUGGCUCAGGUGUACACGGUUGGCCCAGACUACGCUCAUGCGGAGGCCCGAAAGUCCCCGGCUCUCGAUGGGAAGGUGGAACGGGAUAGCGAAGGGAAAGAGAUCCGCUACCCUGUGAUGCUGACGGCUAUAGAGAAGCUGGUGGCCCGGAAAGUCUGUGUGGCUUUCAAGGUUGGUGUUGCUUCUCCUGCUGAGAAGUCCCUUGUAUUCCUCUGUCUCUGAGGCCUGGGCAUCCUGAGGCGGAGCUUUGGAGGAAGGCCCAGCUGAGUAGUAGGGGCCCUGUUCUUCUUCCUCCUUGGCUCCAGCACCUUCUGGUUGAGGUUCCUCAGAGCCACCACUGAGGGCUCCUUAAACCCUCUUGGGAGGCCUGCCAAAGGGUCAUGGUGCUGCUUCUGACCUCAGUGGCUGCAAGCAGGGGGAGGGGGCUGCUCCUUGCACCACUGCCUCCUCCUCAUCCUGCUGCUUGGCUUGGUUCUGCCUGUGGCACCUGCUGCAUAUGUUGGCUGCUUUAACUCUUCCCAUGCCCCCCCCCUUUGCCCCUGCAGCAGACAGUGUGCGGCUUCGACCUCCUGCGGGCCAACGGCCACUCCUUUGUCUGCGACGUCAACGGCUUCAGUUUUGUGAAGAAUUCCAUGAAAUAUUACGAUGACUGCGCCAAGAUCCUGGGGUGGGUUGCACUUUGUCGUUCCUGCUUUUCCUUGGGUGGUGUGUUCCUCCCACGUGGGAAGAUGGUAUGCCCUGGGUGGGGGACCUGCCAGGAUGGGAAGGUCCAAAGUGGGUCUCUGACCAGGUCUGGCUCCUCUCUCUCUCCCUGCCAGGAACAUUAUUAUGCGUGAACUGGCUCCCCAGUUCCAGAUCCCCUGGUCCAUCCCCACGGAGGCAGAGGACAUCCCCAUCGUGCCCACCACCUCGGGGACUAUGUGAGUGUCGUUGGGCUGAGCAUUUCUGCUGUGGCUUCCGGGGCAUUUUUAGAUUUUACUCUUGGCAAGUGUUCUUACUUGCCACUCCUUGGACUACAACUCCCAUCAUCCCUGAGCUCUAGCCUUGCUAGCUAGGGGUGAUGGGAGUUGUAGUUCAACAACAUAUGGGGACCCACAGGUUGAGAAAGACUGCCUUAGAGGAUGGUGGACUGGCUCUCAGAGCUCUGGCCUUGACUGGAGAGAAGAGGACGGAGGCCAUCCUUGGGUGGGACUACGUGGAGUGGGGUUGUCCACUGCCCUUCUGUCGCCUCUGGUGGGCAACUGCAGAGCAGGGCUUUUCAAAGCUCGCCAUCUUCUUGCGCAGCCUUCAACAUAUUCUGCACCUUUGCAAGCUUCAAAGCUUUCCUUGCUUGGGGAGGGAGUUUGCCUCUGCUAAGCGUGGCUGUUUUGAGAGUGGGGCAGCCUGAGAUUGGUAUCUUUUCCCACAGGAUGGAGCUGCGCUGUGUGAUUGCGGUUAUACGGCAUGGUGACCGGACCCCCAAGCAGAAGAUGAAGAUGGAAGUGAAGCACCCCCGGUAAGAAGAGCCACCCCCCCGGGCUACACUCUGGGUGGGUGUUUGUUUGUGCAGCCUCUUCUCUGAGAGUAGGGCUGGGCGAUACCUGGUUUUCAACAUCUGUGAUAUAUCACCAGCUAAACACUGCGAUAUACUGAUAUAUCACAGUGUCUGAAAUAAGGAUGGAGCUACACAGAGAAAUUGGUUGGCUUCACAGUUUCCCCCACAUUUUGAUUUUUGCAUAGCAUGCAAACACACACAUCAUCAUUUGUAAUAUAUUGUUAGGUCAAAGACUAUGAAACCAGUAUCACGGUAUGGGGUUCAAACUGGUUCUGGAUGAUACAUCAAUAUAUUGCCCAACCCUAGUCUUUAGCUGGUUUCCCUUAAACGCUUCAUCUCCCCUGAGCAGCAGCAUAAGCAGCCACCUCAUUCUGGACCUUGUCCAGCUCUGCAUUUCCCAGCCCUUUCCUUCUCAGACCCUGGACCCCCUCUAACUUUGCUGCCAGGUUCUUUGCGUUGUUUGAGAAGUACGAGGGCUACAAGGCUGGGAAGCUGAAGCUGAAGAAGCCAGAGCAGCUUCAGGUGAGGAGGACUGGGGGCUGGUGGGGCCAGGGACCCCGGGGCACCUCUGCCUUUGCCUUCCUGGCUUGGGCUUUGCUGUGCAGGGGGGACCUCAACACACUGGCCUGGCUGUUUGGGGUUGGCAUGUGGGUCUGUGGGGGGUAGGGAGGUGGUGAAGCCAAGGGCCAGGUGUGGGGAGCGCAUGGCCCUCUGGGCCCAGAGGAUGUGCUUGGCUGCCCUGCCAACCCAGCCAACCCUUUGCCCUGGGCAGGAAGUGCUGGACAUCGCCCGCCUGCUGGUGCUGGAGGAGGGAGCUCAUGAGGACUCUGAGGCCGAGGAGCAGAAAUCCAAGCUGGAGCAGCUCAAAACUGUGCUGGAGAUGUGAGAAGAGGGGUGGGUGUGGGUGGGGGCAGGUGGCUUGAUGGGCCCCCAGUUCCUGAUUUUGAACAAGAGCUCCGGGAGGGUAAGGUCCAGCGGCAUCCCCUGCCCUCCCCACUCUACUGGGGUGGUUUCCUCUACUUGGCACCCAGCAGUUCAUGCCGCCUGGUGGCUGUGCCCUUAGAAGGCCCAGCCCCUUGUGAACCUGUCUGGCACCUCCUCCUCCUCUCAGGCUCUCCCUUUUGGCAUGCAGCGGUGGGUGGCCUGAGUGACGAAGGAGGGAGGAAGGGGCCUGGCUUAGCUGGAGUUAUCAAGGAAGCCCUUCCAAGCCCCUGCUUCUUCUCUCUCCUCCCGGCAGGUACGGGCACUUCUCUGGCAUCAACCGCAAAGUGCAGCUAACCUACCUGCCCCACGGGCGCUCCAAAGCAUCCAGCGAAGAGGAAGGCAGGUAUCUGGCUCCUGCGGGGGCUGUGGGUGCCUCAGGCCUGGUGCUGGCAGGAGUGGGGGGCAGGUGGGAGUUUGCACCCUACCUAUGGCUGCCACUGAUGCCACCUUGGUUGAGCUGGGCCUUCCAUCUCCUGGCCCCGCCCCGCUUCUCUGUGGCAGCGUAGCUGAGCAGGAGGGGCUUUCAUUUCCUUGACUUGCUGGAGUGUUGUGGCAGUUAAGAGCAUAAGCUGCACAGGGCGUACGUAUUUGCACAUGUUAAUUUUAUUUAGAGGAAUUCUUCCUUGCCUUUUGCCGCACUGUCCCAUUGUUGGGUUCCAACAAUGUAGUAUAAAAAUGGAUGAAAGCAGAUAUAAUUAUAGGGAGAGUCCCAACAAGUCCAAGCGUUCCAAAUGGAACAGAACUGAUUACGCAAGACCUUCAUUGUCAGGGGCAAAGAGGUGUAGAUGGCAAAAGCUGUGUACGAAGGCACCAGGUGCUCCUCCUCCUCCUCCUCCAAAACUUGGAGGGAGGUAAAACUGCCAAUCUUAGCACCUGAGAGGACCUGUAGGCAUGGAGGCCGUCUUUCAGACAUUUGGGACUUACAGAAGCCCCUUGAAUGGAAAUGAACAGCCAAUGCAGCUGUUUUAACGUAGGGAUUAUAUGAGGUCUAAACAAAACCCACCAGUACUUUGGCUGCUGCAUUUUGGACCAGUUUAAUCGUCUUCAGGUGCAACCCCACAUAGAGUGUAUUGCAGUAGUCCAGUCAGGAGGUUACCAGAGCAUGGAUAAUCAUGGCCAAGUCACCUGUCCCAGAGGAGCUGUAGCUGGCAAGCCAACCAGAGGUGGAAAUAAGCAUUCCUGGCCACCAAGGUCACCUGAGCCUCCAGUAACCAUGAUCUGGAAGCACCCCCAAGCUCUGAGCCUGUUACUUCCAGGGGACUUCAGCCCCCUUCAGUGGAAGUCAUUGCCCCACCUUCCAGACUUGGGAGCUCUGAACGCAGAACUCCUCCAACACCUCUUUAGGAUUUUGAGUGCUCUGUCAACACAGAAUCCUUGGCCAGAAGCCAUAGGUGGGGCUUUGGGCAUGGCUCCUGUGGCCUUCCCCAGCCCAUUUCCCAGCAAGCAAGACUGACACUCACUUUGGUCCCUCCUUCCUGACUGGUCCCUCCUUCUUGACUGUGGUGGUGGGGAGGCCAUAGUGGCUGCUGACCUCCCUCCUGGGGAUACGAGGUCUGACUCUUGACUCUCUGCUGUCUCCAGAGGCCCGCAAGGAAGCCUCCCCGUCUCUGCUGCUGGUGCUGAAGUGGGGAGGCGAGCUGACUCCCGCCGGAAGAGUGCAAGCUGAGGAGCUGGGGAGAGCCUUCCGCUGCAUGUACCCGGGGGGCCAAGGUGAGGCCAGGUGUGGGGAGCACGGUAGUGUGAUGGGAGAGGGAGCCGGGUUUGGCCCGGAGGCCUCCAUGCCUCAGCCACUAUCUUUUGACCUUGAGGCUCUCCUCCCACCUUCCAGGGGACUACGCUGGCUUCCCAGGAUGCGGCCUCCUUCGCCUGCACAGCACUUACCGCCACGACCUCAAGAUUUACGCCUCUGAUGAGGGCAGAGUCCAGAUGACUGCAGCUGCCUUUGCAAAGGUCUUUGCAAUCUCUGUCUUCCCAGUGCCUGGGGGUGGGGUACCUCUUGACCUGGCUGUAUUCUCUUGCAGUGCUGCUGUGUGUGCAGUGGCAGUUGAGCCAAGGCCACCUGGGGAUGACUGCUGCUCUUGCCUGCGGGCAGGCCAAGAUGGCUUUCGUUCCAAAGGACCAAGCGAUGAUCUGUGCCGUUUCCUUACCACCACCACCACCAGCAGCUGCUAAUGUCUGUGCCCCAUCCCAUUUCGCUCUGCAGGGCCUCCUUGCACUGGAGGGGGAGCUGACACCCAUCUUGGUCCAGAUGGUGAAGAGUGCCAACAUGAACGGCCUGCUGGACAGUGACAGUGACUCCCUCAGCAGCUGCCAGCACCGGGUGAAAGCUCGCCUCAGGGAGAUCAUGCAGAAGGACGCCAACUUUGGGGAGGAGGACUUUGAGAAGGUGAGGAGGACAGGCAGCUAGGCUGGCUGGCUGGCUGGUUGGUUGGCUGGCAGGAGCCACUGGUAAAGGGGAGGGCAGCUCCCUGGGCCAGGCCAGCUCAAGGCUUUGGCCCUUGCAUCAAAGGAAAGAACUUCAGCUUUCAUGGGACCUGGUGCUGGCAGUGAGGCUGGGAGUGAGGAGGUACAUCCUAUCAGCCGCUCCCUGCUGUUCCAGUUGGAGAGGGGGCCAGGGGUGGGACUUCUGCAUCCGUGAUUUGGCCAGUGUCCCUUGGCAUGAUGGGUAGGCAGGUGAGAAGAAGGGCCUUCCAGCAGGUGAACUUCCUGCUCAUCCUUAUUAAAACAAACUUCUGGUCCUGAUGAUGCAGGGGGAGCCUGUCUUCCCCUCUGGAAAGCUUUGGGAAAAUGGGCAUCAAGGCUGCAGGAUCCGGGAGGAGCGAAUGUUGGUCAUAUGGCACCCUGAGGGAGGACAAAAGUUGCCCCUCCACCAAUAUUUCAUAUUAUUUUUUGGUACAGUUGCUUUUUUAAUGGACCUUCUCAGUAGGUAUCUGUUUAAAUACAGAUUAUGAUUAUCAUGCACGGGGGGUGGGGGUGGGGAGGGAACCACCUGCAGCACCCUAUACCUGGUGUUGAUCCAGGGCAGGGUUGGGGGAAAAUAACUUUGCAUUGUUGGUUGGUUAUUUCUAAGGGCAGGGGGACAGCAUGUGGUAAAGCAGGGAAUUGCACCUCCAUUGAUCUUAAAAAACAAACAAACCUUCUCUGAAUAUUGGCUUAGCAGUCUUGAAGCAGGUUUCUAAGAAAAAAGGGACAAAAUAAAAGAUAAAGCAUUCAGCUAGUCCUCAAGACUGUAGCAUUUCUGGAAGCCAUAGGUUACCACUAGAAGCCCAAAGGCAUCCAGAGAGGGAGCCAGCACCAGUUGGCGCUUGUGGGGGUGGCUGAGCCAGAGUUUGUGGAGGGGAGGGAAUGACUUGCAGAGCCCUCCCCACAUUGGGAGGGGGAACUGCUGGCUGGGCCCAUGCUUCAGUUCCCCUUUGCUCUGAUCCUGCCUUCAGCUGGCGCCCACGGGCAGCAUCUCACUCAUCAAGUCCAUGAGCAUCAUCCAGAACCCUGUGGAGAUCUGUGACCGGGUCUUUGCCCUGAUUGAGAGCCUCACGUCCCAGAUACAAAAGCGCCUGGAGGACCCCAAGUCUGCGGGUAGGGGGUGUGCAUUGCGCCGUAAUAACAUUGUGUCGUUUGAAGCAACUGGAAGCAUAGUAACUGACUCCUUUUGGAAGAAAUCGUUGUCCAGGCCCAUAGAAAUAUCAUUCAAACUUUUACUUGCAGAGCUUGCUUCAUAACAGAAUUAAAACACUAAAUAUACAUCCAAAAGGUCCAUACAUUUUCUUGUGUUGUCCAGCACAGACUCGGAAUCUUAGAAAUACAGCCGUACCUCAGAAGUUGAAUGCCUUGCGAGUCAAACGUUUUGGCUCCUGAAUGCUGCAAACCUGGAACUGAGUGUUCCAGUUUGUGAAUGUUCUUUGGAACCCAAACAUCUAACGCAGGUUCCACGGCUUCUGAUUGGCUGCAGGAAGCUCCUGCAGCCAAUCGGAAGCUGCACCUUGGUUUCUGAACAUUUAGGAAGUCGAAUGGACUUCUGGAACGGAUUCCGUUCAAAUUCUGAGGUACAACUGUAAAAGAUAACUUCAAAAAUCAAAGCAGUGUGUAGGGCAGGCGGAUAGCUUGGCAGUUUGUGUUUGUGUGUGUGAGCACUUUAGUCCUUCAUCGGUCCUUGUAUGAGUGUCCUAACCUUCCCCCUGCUCCGUGGGUGGGAUGACUGAUGCUGCUGCUGAUUCCCCAGACCUGCAGCUGUACCAUAGUGAGACGCUUGAGCUGAUGCUUCAGCGCUGGAGGAAACUGGAGCAGGAUUUCCGCCUGAAGAACCGGCGCUAUGACAUCAGCAAGAUCCCCGACAUCUAUGACUGCGUCAAGUACGAUGUGCAGCACAAUGCAGCUCUCAAGCUGGAGGGCACCUCCGAGCUGUUCCGGCUCUCCAAGUCCCUGGCGGAUGUUGUCAUCCCCCAGGUGAGGCCUGGCCCUGUGAGGGAGGGUGUGGUGGUGGCAUGGGGCUUUUGGGUUGCCCUGGGCUGAGUCCCUUCCUGCUUCCCCAGGAAUAUGGCAUUAAGAAACAAGAGAAGCUGGAGAUAGCUGUGGGCUUCUGCCUGCCUCUCAUCCGGAAGAUCCAGCUGGACCUGCAGAGGACCCACGAGGAUGAGUCUGUCAACAAACUGCACCCCCUGUAAGGAUCACCCCUCGUAUUUUUAUGCAACUUAAAUCUCCUUACUAGUUAUAAAUAGAAGAGCCACUGAAAGUUGUGACCUUCCAUUAUCAAUUGUUCCCUUGUUUUAAUUUUUUGUAAAAUAAUUUUUAUUGAAUUUUCAAAUUAUAACAACAAAUUUUCCACAAAUCUUAAUUAAACAAUUUAUAUAUCCAUAUUUCUCCCCUCCCCACUCUUUCUGUAUUGAUUUAUUAAACAAUUUCUAUACCCUGUUGGUUUUACCUCUUAUAUAGUUGUGAAAGUUUAGUCAAAACCUGCCAGUGAGUCCAAAUCUUUAUACUGUCUUUUUACAUAAUUUAUAAAUGGUUCCUACUUAUUUUAAUGGUUCCUUUGUUUUAAUUUUAUCAUCUCCUUGAUGCAAUUCUAAUAACUCUUAAUAGGUUAACCAUUUCUCUUUGCCUGUCAACUCUUUUCUGUAGAUAGCUUCUUGUGGGGGUGGGUGAGUGUUUGUGCAUAACACAUUUACUUUAACUGUAUCGUACCACAAAUAGCCAUGCCAUCCAAACCUUGUCAUGUUUUUCUAAUUCCAAAAGUUUCUCAGUGUCAUCCAUUCCUUCAUCCAUCCUAAGCAACAAGCUACAAAAUACAAUUUUAAGUCAGGCAAGCCCUAUCCUCUUUUCCCCUUUGCAUCUUGCAGAACUUCAGAUUUAACUCAUGUUUUCCCCUGCCAUACAAAAGUAGAUAAAUAUUUUUGCCAUUGUUUAAAUGGUAUAUCAGUAGUCAAAAUAGAUAUUGUUUGAAACAAAAAAUCUCAUUCUAAACAAGACAUUCAUCUUUAUCACAGAAAUCCUGCCUAACAUUGACAAUUUUAGUUUCUCCUAUCUUGAUAUAAAGUGGUACCUCGGGUUACAUACUCUUCAGGUUACAUACACUUCAGGUUACAGACUCCACUAACCCAGAAAUAGUGCUUCAGGUUAAGAACUUUGCUUCAGGAUGAGAACAGAAAUCGUGCUCCGGUGGUGUGGCGGCAGCGGGAGGCCCCAUUAUCUAAAGUGGUGCUUCAGGUUAAGAACAGUUUCAGGUUAAGUACAGACCUCCGGAACGAAUUAAGUACUUAACCCAAGGUACCACUGUAUCUUGUUUAAUUUCAGCUCAUGUCUUAACAUAAUUAUUUUGAAACGACAUACAAUUCGCAUUUGUCAUGGUAAUACCCAAAUACUUUACUUUUUUAUUAAUUUGAAACCCCGUUUUCUCCAUCAAAAUCUUUGGGUCUUCAGUUGUCAUAUUCUUUAUUAGCAUUUUCAUUUUCUGAUGAUCAGCCUUAAAGCAUGCUAGUGUACCAAACUCAUUUAAUUUAUCCAUAAAAGUCUCUGCUCCCUGUAGUGGAUUUUCCAAUACUAUCAUCAAAUCAUUGGCAAAUGCCUGUAACUUACAAGUUUCUUUUUAAAUCUUUGCUCCCCAAAUUCUUUCAUCUUGUCUAGUGUCUCUAAACAAAACUUCCAAGACCAAAUUGCAGAGUAAUGGGGACAGUGAUUGCCCUCUUUCCAAAAGACGUCUGUCUUUUUCUCCUUGUGAAUCUGCGUUGGCCUCCAAGCCCUCUUGGUGACAGAACUCCCAGAAUUGUUGGUGAGCUUUUGGUCCCCUCACUGCUUUGACUUCUCUGCUUCCAGGUACUCGAGGGGAGUCCUGUCUCCGGGGCGCCAUGUCCGGACACGCUUGUACUUCACCAGCGAGAGCCACGUCCACUCCCUGCUCAGCAUCUUCCGCUAUGGGGGCCUCCUGGAUGUAUGUGAGCCAGCCUUGGUGUUGUGUGUAUGUGUGUGUUUUGGCCAUGGAGAGGGGCUGACCCAGGGCUCUCCAGUGCCCUCUGCUGAAGGGGGAACCCUUUGUCUCCUGAUAACUCUGGCAGCGCCCUCUGCUGGUGGCUCCAGAGUCAGCCUUGAAUUUCGUUCAAGUGUCUGGAGGGUGGGCCUGAACUGUCCUCCAAACAGGGGGGGGGGGACGGGGGACAGGAAGAUGCUCCCUGCAGCCUUUUCCUCUGAGCCAUCCUUGGAAGACUUGCUCAGUAGUUCACCUCCCUGGUUUGACCCAAUAGUCACUGAAUAUCAUUUGUAGAUGUGCUUUUCAGGUGAACCCACAAAGCAGUUUACAUAGAAAUACUUAACCAGCCAGCCUCCAUUAAGACUUUAUAAUGGGAAGGCCAAGGGAAGAGAGCACCUUCUGCCAUUAGGGCAAGGGUGUCUUUGGGCAGCUCAAGGAGGCAGCUAUGGGAGGAAGAGGCUACUCCAUGGACAGUGUGUGUGUGUGUGUGUGUGUGUGUGUGUGUGUGUGUAUUGGUGAGUCAAGCCACUUGCUUCUGCUAGACGGUCACCUGGAUUUUGGCAUGUCGUGAGAACUGGUUGGAGCUGGUUCACCUGAAAGGGUCCACAGCACAGUGGGUUUUUUGGCCAAUGCUAGGAAGAAAAGCUGUGGGCUGCGAAGUCUGCCUUGUGCUGAACCCCUUCAGGAGGGUUUAUGCGAAAUUCACUGGGGGGAGGAGUGCUAGACCCCUUCCAGGUCCCUUCAAGGCUGAGCCCGCCCCCCUUCCAGGCCCUUUAAUCCUGCCUGCCCUGGUCCUUCUCUUGCCUUUCAGGAAUCGAAAGACCCUCAGUGGCAGAGGGCCAUGGACUACCUGAGCGCCAUCUCGGAGCUGAACUACAUGACGCAGAUUGUCAUCAUGCUCUACGAGGACAACAACAAGGUGAGGGAGCAGAGGAGGAGGAGGAGGAGGAGGAGGAGGAAGCUGGCGGGGGGUGGUGGGGUGAGGCCAAGUGGCCAAGCCACUGUGACUUCUUCUCCAGCAGAGCCUCACUGCUCUCUUGGCAGGACCCUUCCUCUGAGGAGAGGUUCCACGUGGAGCUGCACUUCAGCCCAGGGGUGAAGGGCUGUGAGGAGGAUGGCAGCGCCCCGGCAGGCUCUGGUUUCCGCCCGGCUUCCGCGGAGGUGAGUCCAUGUCCUCUGAGGCUGCUGGGAACAAAGCCGUUUGUAAGGCAGCUGGUCUGACCAGUCCCCGAUGCUCCCAGAUGGUGCUGGAAUUGCCGUCUGCUGGGAAGGUGGGAUUAAGGGCAGCUCUGACCUGAUCUGGCGCAGGUGCUGAGAGAUCCCUGCCGACUACCAGAGGAGGGAGAGAGAGGGUGGACGCUGCCUCUCUGGGGUGUGUGUCUUGCUCUGCCCUGAGGAAAGAGGUUCUGUUACCCAUUUUACCCUCAGGCUAACGGUGGAGGCACGUCCGAGUAACUGAAGGUGCCUUGUUUGAUUUCUGCGUUAUUUUCUUUUGUAUAUAUAUAUAUAUAUAUAUAUAGUGAAUGUACAAGCAUACAAACAUACAUUUCAUACAGUCCUUAAAAAUGUUCAAACAUACCUACACUCAAUCCCACAGAUAAUUCAUUUUUGCCAUCACCAUCCACCACCCCUCACCCCACCUUUGUGUUAGACUUCCAAUCUACUCAAUUGCAAUUUCUUUCCACUUCUGUUACUUUCUUUCACACACCUUUAACCUAAUUUCAUGCUUCUUUUCUAUUACACAUUGUUAUCCAUCUUAUUUAGUAUUUCAGUAUUUAAAAGGGAACUUGUUUAUUCUAAUAGGAGUUCUGAUUUUUCAAUAUGGUUUUGCAAGUAUCCUUUAAACACCUUCCAGUCCCUGUCUAUCUUCUCUUUUGAGAUCCUUCCAAUUUCUCCCGUUGUUUUGGAUAUAUUGUAAUACUCCAAUAAUUUGGCAAGCCACUCUAUUUUUGUCGGUAUAAUACCACUUUUCCAAUUGUUUGCAAUCAGUAGGCUUGCGGCUACUGUUGCGUAUAAAUAUAAUGUCGUGUCUUCUUCCUUUAGACUUCCUGGUACUAUUCCCAAUAGAAAACCUUCUGGUGUUUUCCUAAAUGAAUAUCUGAACAUUUUUUUCAUUUCGUUAUAUAUUGUUUCCCAAAAUUGUUUGAUGUUUAAACAAUUCCACCAUAUAUGCAUCAUAGUACCUUUUCCAGUGUUGUAUCGCCAGCAGACAUUGCUACAAUUUUUAUUCAUUUUUGCGAUUCUUUCAGGUGUUAAAUACCAUCUAUGUAUCAUCUAUAGAUGAUACAUAGAUUUCUGCAUUAUCACAGUGGUAGUAUUACUAGAAAGAAAGUCUCUGUCCUCCCUGGCUGACCUCUUUCCUCACAGUGUGGGGCAGGGGGAGACUUUCCCAGCCCAAGGGUUCCCUUCCCUCCUGGGCCCACAUUAGUGGGCGGGACCAAAACCUAAGCGGAGGAUGCAAAUUUCCCCUUCGUACAGUAGGCCCAUUUCUGUACACCUUCACACACAGAGCCUGUUCUGGAUACAGGCAUGCAAGAGGUAGAAACCCUUGUUCAACACAGGGCCAGUCUGGGCUUGGGGAGCAUGCCAGGGGACAGAGAAAGGGGCCCAGAGGGCCACUGCAUUCUACCCCAGGCCUGAGGUUCCCACCUCUGCACCACUGCCUCCAGCCUCCUUUUUGCUGCCUAAAGUUUCCCCUCACUUCCAGUUCUCAGCCCAAGGCAAUGCCCCUUACACCCCCACCCCCUUGCACUGCUUUCCUGCAGAAGGAAGCCAAGAAGCCGGAGGAGGGGAGCCUGGAGGAGCUGGCCAAGCCCAAGGCCAUUGUGGAGAUGGACCAAGCCCAGCACCUCUCCUCUCCGCCCCUGGAACCCAUCUACGUCCAGCGGAGAUCCCCACUCAUCCGCAACCGCAAGACCGGCUCCAUGGAGGUAGAGUAGAGGGGCUAGACAGGUGCUGUGUGUAUAUGUGUGUGUGUGUGUGUGUGAGAGAGAGAGAGAGAGAGAGAGAGAGAGAGAGAGGAGCGAUGCCUGUCAGGACAAUGAAGAAAACGAAGAAAAGAGAAUGUAUUGUUCUUUACUUCUACCAAAACAUUUGUUCUAUAACCAAAGCUCUUAAGAUGACUGGAUGGUCGGUUUGCCUCUUCUAGAGGGAGGAUCCCCAGAUGUUGUGGCCCAGAAGGAGGGGAGGUGUUUUUUCCCUCCACCAAGAGCUGCUUCCUCCUCUGCCCCACAAUCACUUUCUGUCUCCCAGUUUGUCCCUUGCUGCUGCUGCUGCCCCCGGCCAAGGUGCCAGAGGCCUCCAGAGCCACCUGAGUGCUUGUUUUCCACAGGUGCUGUCUGAAUCUUCCUCCAAGGCGGGUGGCUAUCGCCUCUUCUCCUACUCGCGGCAUUCCUCAGAAGUGAAGCAGAGCGGGUUGGGUAGGAACUUCUCUGUUCUCUCUCUCCCUCUGUUGACAGUCCUGGUGGGUCAGUGGGUGGGAUUUUGUAUGUUUUUUCUCCCAGCCAGAUAGGAUCUGGGGCUGUCUCUGUAAAGUGCCCCGCCUCCCCCUGAGUGUGGGCUGCCUGCCUGAGGCCCUGCGCUCCAUUCCCUUCUCUAGCUGGCCUUUUCUCCUGUGGCGCUGCUCUGGGAUCUCACAGACAUUUUGAGAGUCCAGGCAAGGAAUGUCUCAGGUAGGAAGGCAGGCAGUUUCUGACAGUCAGCAGGAGGGACAGGGAGUCUUGGCCUGAGGGCUAAAUGUGGUUUUUCUUUUUUAAAAAAACCUUUGGGAUUUAAGGGGGGGGGCAGAAACACAUAAAUGGAUUUUUACCAGCCCUUCUUGGGUGAAGAAGCAAUGGCAGUGGCCACCCUGUGCCCUCCAGCUUUGGCAGGCUGUUUCCCUGGCACAUAGGAAUGACCCCCUCCCCGCAAAAUGAAAGGAGCUAUAUUCAUGUAAUGAAUGAAUAUUACAUCUUAACGGAAGAAUAAUAGCCCCUGUCUCAUUGAAAAAGCCCUGGCGGCGGAGAACCCUACCCCCAAGUCACGAGUUGUCUUCCAAAUGCCUUGUGUGUGUGCAAUCACUCAAGAAAAAAAGGCAGGUUCUGAUUUAGAGCCCUUUUUCUGAGGCGGGGGCAGAUUCGGGGGCUUCCUCACAGGCCCUUCCUUCCCAAAAGAAGGUCACUGGCCGGGGGACCCCUUCCCAUCUCCCCAGAGCCAAAGACAGAGGUGGGAGGAAGGAGCUUCUCCAAGGGCAAGAUUGGAGGGUGCGGCGGUGUGUAUGUGUUUUGUGCUGUCUGUUUGAAUCCGGGCACUGACCCAGCACCCAGGCCUGCUUACCUGCACCUCGAGACCAUUACUCCCCUUACGUAACAGGCUGCUUGCUAAAUCACCUGCACUCUUGGCCUGGAGUCUAAACUGGGGGUGGGGGACACUCUGCACUUGGCUCCAGCCUGCUCUACCUGGCCUUGCUGGCGGGGGAACUUGGCGUGUGGUCCAAUCACGGUGCUUGCCUGAGCCAGUAAAAGCCCACCCACCCACCCCACUCUGCACCCAAACCUGUAUUGUGAUGCUCCCUCUUGCACCUGCACCUGCCCUUGCUCUGAGCCACAGGGCUCUCUGCCUGGGUGGUCAGCCUCUUCCCCUGUCCCUCGGGCUUGGGAGUGUUUUGGUCUGGUCCUGGGCUUGUGGGCUGGACCACUGACCAUCGCUUCUGGCCACGGCAUGUGAGCUGAGAGAAGACGGUGAGGCUGUGAGAAGCUGGAGCUGGCUGGCUGUGCCCUGGCCACAGAGGUCUGCCCCUGCUCCUCUGUUUUGUGUUGCCCUUCAGAGCAGAUUUAGGAGCUGCAGACCCCCUCUCUGCUUCUUCGUUUGCCACUUGGGGGGUGGCAAUCGGGUGCUGCAGCGCCUUUUUGGGCCUCUUCCUGCAAGGGCUGCUCUGCUGCUUUCUGCCCCACUAACCUGGGUUGCCUGAGCUGCAUGUGGGGUGUGUGUUUUUGUGUGCAAAUGUGUGAUACUAACAGCCUGCUGGACCUUUUCAGGGUCGCAGUGCACGGGUCUCUUCAGCACCACGGUCCUGGGGGGCUCCUCCAGUGCCCCCAACCUCCAGGAUUAUGCCCGCAGCCAUGGGAAGAAGUUCGCCUCCAGCUUUCUAUACAAAGAUGGUAGGUGCACCCUCUGAAGACAUCCUGAGGCUUGGGGCUGGGCAUUUGGUGGGGAGGCUCCAGGGAAGCUUGGGGGCUGAGCACUCUGAGGACCCCCUUGCCCUCGUGGGUCCUGGGAGAGCAGGGCUGGGAGGAGGCGUCUCCACAUCCUGAGGGCCUCUUGCCUGGAGCUGCCUGGUCUCACCAACACCACAGGUCCUCAUAAGGACGGAGAAGCAGACUUAGUCACGGCAUCCAUUAGCAGGGGGAUGGAGAGCAGGUUUGAAGCUCUCAGGGAUCAGCCUCACUAGUAAAGUACUCCUUCCCCAUCCCAGAGCAGGAUGGGAGUUGCCUAGCAUUGGAGAGAAGCCACAGGUGCCAGGAGUUGUUAUGGGCGGCAGUGUGGGGCAGGGCGAGCAGCUGGGUUGGCUUUUCAGGUGAAGCAGAACAGGAGAUGGAGUUGCCGCAAGUCUCUGCCAAACAGCCUGCAGGGAUGAUUCUCCUCCUCCUCAGUGGCAUUUCCUGGGUCUCUCUUGGGGUUUAUUCCUCUGGCAGCUGCCUUCAGCCUUCAGGCAUACACAAGGUUGUUAUAAAGUCCUGGCAGGGUUUUCACACCAAAUAACACCCUCCUGUUUGAGAGGGGCUUGCUUUCUGCCCCUUGCAGCGGAGAAUUCUUCUUGGCUCCAGCCCUGUUGUGACCAGCCUGUCUUGCAAACUGGGCUUGGAACAUGGCUCUCAAAUAGUUGGGGAGCUGCUCAAGAACUUUCUGAGCCUCUUCUGGCACCUUCUGGUCCUCCCAAGGUCUUUUUGGCUUCUUGCAUUUGCUUGGUUGUUGAAAGAGAUAGAGAGAGAUUCUAUAGCGGUUGCUGAGGCCUGGGUUGGUGUGGCAGAGGAAGGGGAAGCCUGUUUUUGUGGGCUAUUAAGGUUGGCCUCUUGGGGGCUGCUCCUAGCACCAAGCCAGGGUGAUUCUCCACAGGGUUGUAUGGUGGGUGCUUUCUCUUCUUUCCCAGCCAGAAGCUUAGGGGUCUCGGUAACGCUGCCUGACCCAGCUCAGGGAUAUUGGCAGGUCAAGGAGCUGGGCUGGUGCUGGUCCUUGGCCAGUAGAGUGUUGUGGAGUAUUCCUGCACCAUUCAUUGUGGCUCCGGACAGGGAGGUUGAAGAAGCAGGGUUUACUGCCCUCCUCCUCUGCCCUUCUCUCCCAUGGGACCCAUCUGGGGAGCGCUUGUCUUCAGUCUCCCGUUGCGCCGCUGUCCUGUGGUGCCCAUUGCCCCUCUGUGUGUGUGUGUGUCAAACCGUCCCUUGUGCAUGUUGCUCCUCCCAGCAACCUCCUGGGGGGGCAGUCUAGUGUGGGGUGAGGCCCCUUCCUGCGGUGGGCCUGUGCUUCCAGCAGGGGGCGCCACAAGCAGAUGGGCGCCUAACUGACGCGAUGCUCUCAUCUUGUUUCCUCAGAGCUCUUGUCUAUGCCAGCUGUAAAGCGGUUUUCUGUGUCAUUUGCAAAGCAUCCAACUAACGGUACGUUUGCUUCUUAAUUUGACGCCCCUCCCCGCUCCUCCUGCUCCCUCCACCCUUCCUAUGUCUUCCAUCCCCGCGUGCAUGAGUGGGCAGCUGUGUCGUGCUGUGCUGUCCCCCCCCCCGCCACUAACCACCCUCUUGGCUCUCCCUUCUGUGUUCUCACGGGGAUGGGACGGGAGCAGAGGGACCCCUCAACACAUAAACAGCAGCAGCAGGGAGGGCAAGAUGAGGCACCUGCCCCCACCCGGCUGGAGUGACCUGAUGAGAGAGAGCCAAUAGGGGUACCAGCUCCUCCCCCCUCGCUGUGACCCAGAGUGGGGAGACAGCCUUGCCCAGUUCCCCCCUCUCUUUUGGCCGCUUGCCUGCUUGCUUGCCUGCCUGCCUGCCCUCCACUUCUCCCACCCCCAGGCAGCAGGUCUUGCUGGGCAGUGUGAGUUCAGAGGAGGUGCCGCUCUCUUCUCAUGGGGGUCUUUGCCUCUGCCGGGGUGUCUGGCUCUUGCCCGACUGCAGGAGGUCUUGGCUGGCCCUGGGCAGGCUUGGAGGUGUCUGGUGGGUGGAAAUUUGGGUGGGGGAAGCUGCUCACAGCCCCUUGGGGAAGGUUUUCUUUCAGAGUAAAACAGGGUUACAUACACUUCAGGUUACAGACUCUGCUAACCCAGAAAUAGUAUCUCGGGUUAAGAAAUUUGCUUCAGGAUGAGAACAGAAAUCGCGUGGUGGUGGCGUGGCAGCAGCGGGAGGCCCCAUUAGCUAAAGUGGUGCUUCAGGUUAAGAACAGUUUCAGGUUAAGAAAGGACCUCCGGAACGAAUUAAGUACGUAACCAGAGGUACCACUGUAAUUGCAUUAGAGAGAUUUCCAAGUCUUUUAACUUCUGGAAAAGACAGGAUCCUUCUGUUUCUGCUUGCUAAAGUAGAGGGCUGCAAACUCCUUCUAAGCCUCAAUCAUCUCCCUUUCCUUUGUGCUUAUUGUCACUUUCUUCUUUGCUUCCCUCUUCUGUUAUUUGCCAGCUAGCAAAAAGUCUUGCUUAGAUCACUGGAGGGACCGGUUGGAAGACAGGGCUGGUUGUAAACUCCGAGCCUCAUAUUUGGUGCUUCUGUAGUUCUACAAUUUAUUCAUUUAACAACUGGGCUUUUGGGUUUCUAGGAGUUAAAAGCAAGGUUUUAAAAACCACUGUCUAUGGUGCUUGAGUGCAUUUCUCCCCUCGGUAGAGUUGAGGAAUAUCCCUGCCUCCCCUGUGGCUGGCUCCCAGUGGAGGGGCACCCCCACAUUUUGCUCAGUGGAGUCCUUUGCAGCCCAUGUGAGGUUUGAGAAAGAGUGUUGGAGGGACUCUGAGGAGGAGGGGCAGCCCAGAGCCGCUGGGAGGGGUGCGAUGAGCAAGAGACUCAAAGGCUGUAGGCUUACAUGCCCCUUCCUUGCAUGCCGAACAACAAGGCCAACUUCUCCUCCUGACUGGCUAUUUCUGCCUGGGGGGAGGGUUUCUUCCAAAUGGGGGCUUCCCUUAGGGACAUGUGGUUGGCCACUUGGGAAGAGGAUGCCAGGUCCUUUGGAUUCUUCUGAUGAUUUUAUGGAAACUGAAUUGGUGCUGACCAGACAAUGCUUUUGCCAAAUGUCUCAAAGGGCCUUCAGGUGCCCAGAAAGUCUUUGCCUGUGUUGUCUUUGAAGUGGGAACAGAGUUUGCUCCAUGGCAGGUGGUGCUGGCAGCUGUCCUCCCUCCCCAUGCUCUUCCAUGGUCCAGGCUGGGCUCCCCCUGCCCUUCCCCUCUCUGUUGCCUUGGCUUUGGCUCUGCUGUGCCCCUCCCCAACUCACCCUUUGUGGCCCCUCCCCCCAGAUGAGCUGGAAGGCCCCUGCGGGCGGCUGCUGCUGCGCCACUUUUCCUCUGACUUUGCCGCCAGCCAGCCCGCCUCCCUCCUGGAUGCCGCCCUGGCACAUCACCUCCGCCAGUGCUCCUACCACUUCCGCCUCUUCCGGGACUGGCUGGUCUCUGGCCGGGGGGACCUGGAGAGCCUCGACGGUACGGCAUGGCACUGCAUGGUGCCUUGGGGGCCUCCUUGGCUGGGCCCUCCCCGCCCAGGGGGUCCCUGUGGCUCUGCCUCUUCAGGGGCUGCUUCCCUCCCUCCCCUGCCCAGCUGCCCUUUGCCUGGAGGAGGCCAGCCAGGAAACCUCUUCUCUUGUCCUGCCAAUUCUUUCCCCGCUCCUCUUCACCGGGCUACAGCAAUGUUAAAACACAACAUUAAAAAAACAGCUAAAUUCCUGGCUACCUAGAAAGGCUGCGAGCCCUGGUGGGUCUCGCUUGCCCCCUGCCCACCCCCCAUGGAAGCCGGGCGACUGAGGAAGGGCUGCCCCUGCUGCUGCUGCUGCUGCUGCUGCUGCUGCCGCCACUUCUUUGCAUGAGGUUUGGUUUGGCUUCUGGGAGCCCCCCAGGCCCUGGGCGUUGUCUCCCCAGCCAGCACAGGCUGUUCUGCACCUGGUGCCAAAACCCUUGCAGAGUGUGCAUGUGUGGGUGUGGGAAUUGUGUUGCAUGGGCAAAGGAGCUUCCCUGCCCCACAACCUGCCAAGGGGGAGCAGUGUGGGACUUGAAGGAUGGAGGGCUCUUGGGCAGGCCCAUAGGCCCCCUCCCUUCCUCUUUCCCACCCUGGCAUACAGGCCCAGCCACUCCCUGCAUGGCUCUGAGCACUGGGCUGGGCUUUCUUCCCAGGAGGCCAAAGCCUGAUUUUAGGGCAAAGCUGCCCAGGUGGCUCUUGACCGGGAACCUACAGGUGGGGGAGGUUGGCAGCUGCCUGCAAGAUGCCUGGCUUGUCUUCCAGAAGAGUCUACUGCUUGGGUCAUUGCAGCCCAACACUGCCCAGGAAUGGCCUUCUUCCUUCUGUCUGCCCCUGCAUGAUGGCCAGGCUGGUUUGGGUUCCACUAUCAGGGCAGCUCAGCAGGAAAGAGGACCAGGCCUCCCCUCCCUUUGGCCUGCGUCUUCUGGGCGGGGGCUUCUCUUCCACUGGCGCCGUUCCCUUCCCGGGGAGAGGACGCUCACUUGCAGGCUCCUUUCACAACCCUGCCUUAUUUGCAGCACAAGUCCCUGCAGUUUAAAAGCCAGCAGCUCUUUUGGACUGGUGCAAAGCGCCCCCCGAGUGGUGCUCAGCGUCCAAGAGAGGAACAGUUUCAGGUUUGUGUAUAAUUUGCACAGUGGCUUCCUAAGAGUUUCUUGGGUCAUAAAUGCAGAUUUUGCAGCUUCAGAAAAUUGGCUCAGCUCUCCUUAAGACGGUUGAAUGUUGGUUUGUGAUGCCAGAAUUGGUUAGCGGAUGUUCUGCUGGUUUGACCGACGUGAGGAACUGGAGCCCAGGCUUCCUUGCCUGAUGCAGCCCUUUCCCUUCCACGCAGACCCACUGGAGUAUCGCUGAGCAUUCUGCAGCGUCCUCCUCAGGUGCUUCAGCGACAAAAGCCACCUCCUGGAUGGGGCACCUAAACAGCCUGCAGGUGGGCGGCAGCUCCUGAGCAGCUAUUUGCAGACUGUAUAGCCCUAAGCCAUGAGGGCCUUGACUCCAGAGCUCAGUGCAUGGUGGGGCUGGCCGACUGACAAGGGGCGGGGGGCUCUGGACCCCCAACUCCUCUGGGAGUGCAGAGGCCUCUGCCCAGGCUCAUUGUUAGAAACUGAGAAAUGAAAGCUAGGGGCUAAAUGGCACCUUAAACCUAGGUUAAGGGCACAACAACGGAAUGUCUAGAACUAGGUGCAUUUUUUCAAUAACAAGAAUGCAAAGCUGAAAAUGAAUGAACUGCAGGUAAAAUAUUAUGUUCAUUUUUGACAUAGUCUAGUCCUUCCCCUGCCCACCCCCAUAAUAUUCUUAAGAGGGUCUCUUCUCCAGUCUUCAGAGUAGCUGGAAGUGGGGAGGCAGAAAAAGGUCCUCCUUUCCUUCCACUCUGCAGUUUUAAUCUGAAAUCUUAGGCGCAGUACUACACCCAAAGCUCAGAACUGCUCAUGCUAAUGAAAUUCCCUGUCACAAAAUGCGCCUAGAACAAUUGGAGUUUCGAACACUGUUCAGGCCCAAACCCUCUGCCCUUCUUAUCCCUUCCUGGCCAAGCUUUCCUCCCAGCCCAGCUUGGAGCAGGCUCUGUGUGGGGCGCAGGCUGCAUAGAAGCACAGGUCCUCCAGGGUGGGGGUGGGGGAUGAUACUGGAAAGGGAGCAAGGAACCAAGUGUGUGUGUGUGUCUGUUGUGUGGAGAACAAAGCGGUGAUCUCUAAAAUUUUCAGAAAUGCUUUGUAAGAAAAGAAUGAGUAAACUGUUGUUGAUGGGACAUUUCAGAAACAGAGUGGCGGGGGCAGGGGCUUCAUCCUUCCCUUCCAUGGGAACUAGGAGGCAGGGAGCUGAGGUUGGACAGUAUUUCCCUAACCCUAACACUCUCCCUCUCCCAUCUGCUGGGUUGCUGCUCCCAUCCCUCUCCCAUCUCCAGGGUUAGAAAUGCCAGUUCACCCAGCAUGGGUAACACAGAACUGGAGACUGAGAACGGCUGCCCAAAGGUUGGGGAGGCUGGGGCUGCCAUCACCAGGACCAGGUACGGUGCACCACUAGAGUCCCUGGGCAAACUGGUUUCGAAGUUUGUCGCAUCACCUCUAACAGCCCGCUAGGCAAGUCGAGAAGGGCCUUUGGGGGUCUGUUCAGGGCUCCAGGUGCUAAGGAAGGGCUUUCCCUUCCCCAGGGACAGGGAGGAGCAGCAGCCAGGCAGCGGGAAGGUGGGCUAGGUGAGCUCCAGGUUUUCCUCCCAGCCCCUGCGUGCUUUUGCUUCUGAGAUGCUGGGCUGGGUCUGGCCUGCUCUUUGGUGUGUUUUGGGGGCUCCAUGCCUGUGGCUCGAGGGGGACAUUGGGGCUUAUUUUGGGCGUCUGGUGGGGAGGCAGCCGCCACUGAGUUUUCUCCUCUGCAGAGGUCCUUGACGCUGGGUGGGGGGUCUGCUCUGCCUGCAGGCUUUGAAGGCUGCUCCAUGGUGCCCAGCAUCUACCCCUUGGAGACCCUGCACAACUCGCUCUCCCUGCGCCAGGUCAACAGCUUCCUGACGGCCGUCUCCAGGACAUGCAGCACCAGCACUCCCCACCCAGGAGCUGCCCCAGGUACCAUCAGAGGCAGGCAGGUUGGGCGCUGUGCUGGGGUCCCGGGUGGCCACCCCUUCAAACUGAGCCCCCUUCUGCCCCAGGACGUCUCGCAGGGCAGCACCCAUGUUUUCCAAAGCAACUUUGCCCAGCUGUGUAGAAGCAACACAUUUCACUGCACACAGAAAUAGAAUACCCGUUUUCUGGGGUGCCACCACCGAAAGGGCACCCCAUCUCAGCACGGAGACCCUUUGGUGUAAGUGUGGGGGCUGGCCUGGCCUGGGGGCUUUGACAGAAGUGCCUUCCUGGUCACCAGGAAAACCCCAGGCCCCUCAAAGGUUAGCCUGCGCAAGGGGCAUCUUUGACUCCAAGGUGGGAGUGGGCAGAAGGGGUGGUGCCUAGAAGCAGGCCCUUGCCAGGGGGCUCACAGUGUUGUCCUCCUCCUCUGUCCUGCAGCGCUCUUGGACUCCCUGAUGGAGAGCCAGGGGCCAGGCGAGGACUUGACGCCGCAGCAGAUUCUCUCCUCUUCUCUGCCUCUGCACCCCCGCUCAGACAAGCCCCCCUGGUGUAAGUAGGCACAGGGCUUGGGAGGGAGGAGCAGUUUGAUGGAACAGACUCGGAGGAACAGAAGGCAAGGCUGCCCGAGGGGACAUUGCAGGCCUUUGGGGUGGGCUUUGUGCCAGCAGGAGGAAUCCCAGCCAAUGGGAACAGAAGGAGCGGGGGCUGGGGGUGGCAACAGCAGCAGCUAGGUAGACUGGGCUGGUUGCAAGGUUGCCAGGGGCCCUGAGCCCAGACCUUCCUGACGCUUGGAGUUGGGCAGGGCAGCACUUCUCUAGCGGGAGGGGGCAAGGCCAGCAGAUCUAACCUGCGGGCUGCACAGGAUGGGACCCUCACCCUAACUUUGCUUGGGGCAAUAUGCACCCCCACCCCACCCGGAUUGUGUGGCUACUAUUAGACGCUGCCCUGGGAUCCUCCUGGCAUUCUUCAGGGUGGGACAGUUGCCAGGCCCUGUGCCCAAAGCUGUGACGGUGCCAAGGAAGGGGUUUGCAAGGAGCUUGUGGGGGGGAGCAUUCUUAGCACCUCAUCCCCCCCAUGACCACCUCGUUCUGAUUCCCUUGCAGACAGCAGCGGCCCCUCCAGCACCGUCUCCAGCGCAGGCCCUUCGUCACCCACCUCCUCUGUGGAGAGCUGCCCCCGCUUCAGCUUCGUCUCUCAGACCAGCAAGGAGCGGCUGGCAGGGCCCAUGGAAGGGAGCCAGCCGGGCAACAACGGAGCCUUCAGGGAGAAGGGAGAAGAGCAGAGCCUUGGCAGGGAAGCCUCAGCGCAGGAGGAGAAGGAGGAGACAGAGCCUGGCGGGCAGGCAGCCACUACCUUACUGCAGAAGGGACUUGAGGGAGGGGAGGAGGCUGCCUCACCCCAGGAGGAAGAGGAGGUGGCAGCGGCUGUAGUGGUGGGGGAAGAGAGUGAGCAGCUGCCCGCAGCACUGGAGCUGCUGGAAGUCGGGAGCAGCAGAGGUGCAAGGGAAGGGCAGGCAAGCGAAGGACGGAGGGAGCUGGACCUGCCAGAGGAGGAGGAGGAAGAGGAGGCGGCAGCAGCGGAAACUGGCUCAGGAGAGGCCACCUGGGAGGAGGCCCUGCUCAGUCCCUUUCUCCCAGUUGGGGAAAGCACUUAG